AUGGCGACUUAUCAAAGGGCUCUUAAUGAAGUCGCCUUUGGGAAAGGCGAUUUCUCAAGUGUUUUCCAAGGUCGCCUUUGUGAAUGGCGAUUUGCUUCAGUAGGUGUCACGAAAUCGCCAUUUGGGAUGGCGACUUAUCAAAGGGCUCUUAAUGAAGUCGCCUUUGGGAAAGGCCUAGUUCAUUAUGAGUUGUUAAAUGUUGAAGACGACGAAGAUGUUGAACUCAUGUUUGAUGUUCAUAAACAAUGGCCGCAACUCGGAUCUAUCGAGUUAUAUGUCACAUUUGAGGAUGGUAAUCCAUUAUACGAUAUUGGUCAACCAUCAUCCUCAACCACACCUCACCUUGAAUACCAUUUUGAAACACAAAACACUUAUUCUUUUCAGAAUAAUGAAUCUUACCAGCCCGACCCAUACCAACCCGAACGAUACUUUGACCAUGCCGAAACAUCUGAACCUAAACCAUCUCAACUUGAACCAUAUAUUCCACUAGGUGAUAUGACCGAUUUUGAUCAACAAGAAAUAAGUGAAGAGAGUGAAGAAGAAACAUACUUUGAUGAAGACGAGGACGAUGAAGGUGACAACGACAAUGGUGACGAUCUAGAGCUAACAUACGAUCCACCAUUCCAUAUGUGUAAUCUAAAUUUGGAUAAUACUUACCAAUCCUCCGAAUUUGAUAUGCAAUCUAAUGAACCACCUCCAUUAGAUGCAUCUCUUGAGAUUGGAAUGAAGGCUUCGUUAAGUCAAAAAAGUAACCAAUGGAUGAUUGGUCGUUUGAAAGGGCCCCACAAUUGCGCAAAUUCUUCUAUGUCACAGGAUCAUACCAAGCUCGACUCUAACAUCAUAUGCGAAAGCAUAAAGUCUCUUUUGAAAGCUGACCCAUCAAUUAAAGUGAAGGUGAUCAUUGCACAUAUUCGGGAACGAUACAACUAUACAAUCACUUACAGAAAGGCAUGGAUGGCAAAGAACAAAGCUAUCGAAACGAUUUAUGGGAACUGGGAAAAGUCUUACAAUGACCUUCCAAGGUGGUUGUUGACUAUGCAAAAAUUUCUUCCAAGAACUAUUGUGGAAAUGGAAGUAUCAGUUGCAUAUCCUGAUAAUACUCUAUUGCAGGGGUCAAAACUUUUCAAACGAUUAUUCUGGGCUUUCCCUCCGUGCAUAUCUGGGUUUAAAUUUUGUAAACCAUUUGUCUCAGUGGAUGGAACUUGGUUGUACGGAAAGUACAAGGGGACUCUUUUGCUUGCUAAAGUGGGUAUUGGAAAAAAAUUGCCUGAGUUCGGAGCAGUGCUGAUUGAAAUUGGGACUAGGUUUCGUGUUUGA